UUUGUCUAUCCUUCGAUCCUGUCGUGGAUUUUCUUUUGGGAAUACUUUCGAUCCCAUAGCUUUACCCAAAUCGAGGGAUCGCAGCCACGAUGCCCAAGGUAGCUGCAACUCGCGCCACCGCUGGUGCGCGCAGACAUAAUCCUCUCGCCGAGGAUAUCGUAACUGCAGGCCAUAUUCGGGCCCAACCCGGCAAAAAGAACAAGCGUGUGUCGCAGAAUGGCGAAGACAAUGAGGAUGGCGAGCGUUUUAUCGACGCGAAAACGUCGCGCAAGAUCCUUCAAAUCGGCCAGGAACUAGCCGACGAAGAUGCCGCCGAACGGAAAUCUAUCGCGGGACCGAUGCCCACAAAUGAGCACUCGGCGUUCGACUUCGGCUCUCGACCGGAGGACGAUGAACUGUUGUCGGAUGAUGAAGGAAAUAUGGAGGAACAAUGGGGCGACGAGGAGGAAGAGGUUGAGGAAGUGGAAGUUGAUCCGAAUGAUCUCGAUUUAUUCCAUAAAUUUAUUCCUCGCGACGAUGAAGACCCGAUCUUCAACCCCUCGGGGCCAGAAGCCCGUGGCCAGAGCACGAACCUGGCUGAUCUCAUUCUGGAGAAGAUCGCAGAGCAUGAAGCAAAGCAGUCGGGUUCUGGGGAGAGCGCGCCAUUCGUCCAAGGUGGUGGAGCGCCUGAAGAUGCCGUUCAAAUCCCAGCUAAGGCGAUAGAAGUAUAUGAAAAAGUUGGCAUGAUUCUUUCCCGCUACAAGUCCGGACCUCUCCCGAAACCGUUCAAAAUUCUCCCUUCGAUCCCCAACUGGCCUACUCUUCUCGAUAUCACCCGUCCGGAGUCGUGGACCGCCAACGCCACUUAUGCUGCAACAAGGAUUUUCAUCUCGUCCAAGCCUGCGGUGGCGCAGGAAUUCAUCUCCAUGGUUUUGCUGGACCGUGUUCGCGAAGAGAUCCGUGAGACCAAGAAACUCAACGUCCAUACGUACAACUCCCUGAAGAAGGCCCUAUACAAGCCGGCUUGCUUUUUCAAGGGAUUCUUGUUCCCUCUUGUCUCCGGCGGCAUGUGUACCCUGCGGGAGGCUCACAUCGUCUCGUCAGUCCUUUCUCGAGUCUCUAUUCCAGUGUUGCACUCGGCCGCCGCAUUACUGCGCAUGUGCGAUCUUUCUGCGGAACAAUCGUCGAGAUCGCUGGAAAGCACCGGUGCUGUGAAUAUGUUCAUCCGUGUGUUCCUGGAGAAGAAAUAUGCUUUGCCCUACAAGGUCAUUGACGCUCUUGUUUUCCAUUUCCUCCGCUUCCGCGCCAACGAUGAGGAUUCGAUUAUGGCGGAUGGACAUUCGCGCGAAGCCAGCAAAGCAUACAAACUUCCCGUGCUUUGGCACCAGUCCUUGCUGGUGUUCGCACAACGCUACCGCAACGAUAUCACCGAAGAUCAACGAGAGGCGCUCCUCGAUUUGUUGUUGGUUCGCGGACACAAGGAUAUCGGGCCCGAGGUUCGACGAGAAUUGCUGGCGGGCAGAGGACGUGGAGUGGUCGUCCCUGAUCCCGAGAGACAGAGCGCUCUUGAAGCAGGAGAUGAUACCAUGGAUGUUACGGCGUAGCCGAUGUACAUCGAACGGGUCGGGGACCAUGUGCGCCGGCUGGAGGAAGGCGUGUACAUUGUGCCCUCCUCAGCCAUUUUCUGUUAGAUACCUUUUUGGUCUUUCCAUUCAGCCUAUUUUCGCCCGGAGAGACCUUAACGGCAUAUGUUUAUGUCUCUAUGACUUGACAUGAGUUUUCCUUGAGUUUAUUCAUUUAUAUAGUGGAUAGGAGUUUUCACGGCAUUUACUUGUUUCUUUGUUAUGCG